AUGGGUACACGUAGUAUCUAUGAGCAUGAAAGUCCAAUCACUAUUGCCUAUCGUCGAUGCAUACAUGAAAUAGCCUUAGCAUUGACUAAUGAUACAUCAAUGAUCAAUGACGAUAUUAAUGCUAUAUUUGAAUUAGAACAACGCAUCGCCAAGAAUCAUUGGACAAUGGCUGAGCAGCGAACUCGUAUUGAUGAAAGCAUUCAUACGACACUCGGUAAUCUUUCGCGUACAUUGAAUGUCAAUUCAAUGGAAAUAAUUAUGAAUAUUCGCAAUGCAUUUGUUGACAUGGUUCAACAAUCAUCUUGGAUGGAUCCAAUUUCGAAAUCAAAAGCAAUAGAAAAAGCCUAUGCUAUGAUCGACGAGAUUGGCUAUCCUGAUUAUUUGGGUAAUGACAAUUUAACCAGAUUGGAGACAGACUAUGCUGAGUAUAAUUUUAAUUCAUCUCUGAUGAGCAACGAAUUGAUUAUACUUCGACUAAAAAUGAAGAAAAAUGUUCAAAUACUUCGAGAACCAGUCGAUCGUAGGAAAUGGGUUGUUGCACCGACUAAUAUUGAUGCUACCUAUACACCAGAAUACAAUCGAAUCAGCAUCGGCACAAUUAUUGGUCACGAAAUUACACAUGGUUUUGAUGAUUUCGGACGAAAAUAUGAUAAAGAUGGAAAUCGAAUUCUUUGGUGGACUAACGAGACGAUUAAGAAAUUCAACGAACGAAAACAAUGUAUCAUCAAUCAAUAUGAUCAAUAUCGAGUAACUUUGGCUGAAACAGAAUUGAAGAUAAACGGUUCUCAAACACAAGGAGAAAAUAUUGCGGACAUUAGCGGAUUGAAAGAAGCUUUUUUCGCCUAUCAAAAUUGGGUUCGACUAACAGGAACUGAAGAGAAAAAAUUACCUGGUUUACAAAAAUAUUCACCUGAACAGUUGUUCUUUAUCAAUUUCGGGUCCAUGUGGUGUUCGAAAAUCACAGAUGAAUUAACUCUUGUAUAUAUUUUACAAGAUGUACAUUCAUUAGCACAGUUCAGAGUACAUGGUUCAACGUCGAAUUUUGCUGAAUUCGAUCGAGUCUUCAAUUGUAAACUUGGUCAAGGUAAUAGUCGAGUGAACAAAUGUAGUAUUUGGUAA